GUGAAGCGGAUUGACGGUUGCAGCCUCGGUAUGUGGCGCAUGAGUGUGCGUCUCGGGAUGUAACAGCGGUCUCCCGGAGUAGCGAUACCGAAUUAAAUCAUACCUUACACCCGAAGGAGUUAGAUGAUAGGAUACCUGAGAGAAGCGGGCACAGCAUAGGGAAGUAUACGACAGUACGGAGAGGGGGGAAAGACGUGGAGCGGUGCAGGAGCAAAUCCAGCCGACACUGCGCGCAGAAAUGGCGGAGCAACACGCAGCCAGCGACGGCAAGCACAAAGCGUCCACCAACGCCGGGGGCUCGGUGCACGGGAACAGUCGACCCGGCGCCGCGGGUGGAGGAGGGGGCAAAGGAGGCCUGUCUGGCGGACUGACACAGCCAGCUGGGUGGCAGUCUUUACUCUCGUUUAGCAUUCUUUUUCUGGCCUGCCUGGCGGGAUUCAGCUCCAGACUUUUUGCGGUGAUCCGGUUCGAGAGCAUCAUCCACGAGUUCGACCCGUGGUUCAACUACAGAUCAACACACCAUCUCACCACCAAUGGCUUCUACGAGUUCCUCAAUUGGUUCGAUGAAAGGGCGUGGUACCCCUUGGGGAGGAUCGUGGGUGGCACAGUGUACCCAGGGCUCAUGGCGACUGCAGGCCUUAUCCACUACGUGCUCAACAUGCUCCACAUCACCGUCCACAUCCGUGAUGUGUGCGUCUUUCUUGCACCUGUGUUCAGCGGCCUGACCGCCAUCUCCACCUUCCUGCUAACCCGGGAGCUGUGGAACCAGGGUGCCGGGCUGCUGGCAGCCUGCUUCAUCGCCAUCGUCCCCGGUUAUAUCUCUCGCUCCGUCGCCGGCUCCUUUGACAAUGAGGGCAUCGCCAUCUUCGCCCUGCAGUUCACCUACUACCUCUGGGUCAAAUCGGUGAAGACGGGCUCGGUAUUCUGGACCAUUGGCUGUUGUCUGUCCUAUUUCUACAUGGUGUCGGCAUGGGGAGGUUACGUGUUUAUUAUCAACCUGAUCCCACUGCAUGUGUUUGUGCUGCUCCUGAUGCAACGCUACAGUAGGAGAGUCUAUAUCGCUUACAGCACUUUCUACAUUGUGGGCCUCAUACUGUCCAUGCAGAUCCCUUUCGUCGGCUUCCAGCCAAUCAGGACGAGUGAGCACAUGGCUGCUGCUGGUGUGUUUGCACUCCUCCAAGCCUAUGCGUUCCUGCAGUACCUAAAGGACAGGCUGACCAGACAGGAAUUCCAGACACUGUUCUUCCUCGGAGUCUCUCUCGCUGCUGGUGUGGUCUUCCUCACAGUGAUCUAUCUCACAUACACAGGAUACAUUGCUCCGUGGAGUGGUCGUUUCUACUCUCUCUGGGACACCGGCUACGCUAAGAUCCACAUCCCCAUCAUAGCGUCGGUGUCGGAGCACCAGCCGACGACAUGGGUGUCCUUCUUCUUUGACCUACACAUCCUGGUCUGCACCUUCCCAGCGGGCCUUUGGUUCUGCAUCAAGAACAUCAACGAUGAACGGGUGUUUGUGGCUCUCUAUGCCAUCAGCGCAGUCUAUUUUGCCGGCGUGAUGGUGCGUCUGAUGCUGACUCUGACUCCGGUCGUCUGCAUGCUGUCAGCCGUGGCUUUCUCCAGCGUCUUUGAGCAUUACAUGGGAGACGACACAAAGAGGGAGAAACCCCCUGCUGAGGACAGCAGCGACGAAGAUGACAAGAGGAACUCCGGGAACCUCUACGACAAGGCUGGCAAGGUGCGCAAACACGUGUCGGAGCAGGAGAAAGCAGAGGAGGGUUUGGGUCCAAAUAUCAAGUCCAUAGUCACCAUGCUCAUGUUGAUGCUGCUCAUGAUGUUCGCCGUCCACUGCACGUGGGUCACCAGCAACGCCUACUCCAGCCCCAGCGUGGUGCUCGCCUCAUACAACCAUGACGGGACACGUAACAUCCUGGAUGACUUCAGGGAGGCUUACUACUGGUUAAGACAGAAUACUGAUGAGCAUGCACGUGUCAUGUCCUGGUGGGACUACGGUUAUCAGAUAGCGGGCAUGGCUAACAGGACCACUUUAGUGGACAAUAACACUUGGAACAACAGUCACAUAGCGCUGGUGGGAAAGGCCAUGUCUUCCAAUGAGAGUGCAGCCUACCAGAUCAUGAGGUCCCUGGACGUGGACUAUGUGCUGAUCAUCUUUGGAGGUGUAAUUGGUUACUCAGGCGACGAUAUUAACAAGUUCCUGUGGAUGGUGAGGAUUGCCGAGGGUGAGCACCCCAAGGACAUCAGGGAGAGCGACUACUUCACUCCUCAGGGAGAGUUCAGAGUGGAUAAGGCGGGUUCACCAACUCUGCUCAACUGCCUCAUGUACAAGAUGUCUUACUAUCGCUUUGGUGAAAUGCAGCUGGAUUUUAGGACGCCGCCUGGCUUUGACCGGACACGUAACGUCGAGAUCGGCAACAAGGAUAUUAAGUUCAAGUACCUGGAGGAGGCGUUCACUUCAGAGCACUGGCUGGUCAGGAUCUACAAGGUGAAGGACCUGGAAAACAGAGAGCCGCUCGACCACAAGCUCCGUAGUGUCGUGCCCAAGCAGAAGUACACCUCCAAAAAGACCGCCAAGAGGAAGCGAGGGCACAUCAAGAACAAGCUUGCCAUGAAGAAGGGCAAGAAACUCCAAAAGAAAUAACGGCGCCGAAUCGUGAACUGUAGGAAAACAAACGUGAAGAAACCUCUAAACACCAAUGAUGAAGAACACAGGUGCUGUUUUAUCUGGCACUUGGUCUCGAGCGCUUGUCUCUAGAGCGCCCUCGUGUGUCGAGGAAGUGUCAUAUCUGGCUAGCUCCAGACUUGUCGUCCGUUUUUUGGGGUUUUUGUUUUUUUUUUAUCCUGAGGACGUUUGUCUUGCUUUUUCUUCUACUGUUUUUUUUUCUUUUCAAUUCUUUUUUUAAUUACUUUGUACUUGAAUGUGUGGCGAGGCAUAGGGCUGCUUUACUGGGUUCAGCGUCAAUUUAAUUUUUGUGAUGUUAAUUAACUGCUUAUCAGUACAGGGAUCGGGUGAAGGGGAAACAAGAGAAGACUAGGAACAUUUGCACCAAAGACCCAUCGACCUUGCUCCGUGGCACAUGUGAACUCAUUACUGGGAGCGAGGAGGCGAAGCAGUGAAAGCCGAGGACUUUGUUCCUGACUCGUGUACAGUAGGACAGUAUGCGGUAUGGGGGAACGUCACCGUCUACGCACAGCCCUUCUGUAAUAUUAACCUUUUUGUCAUCAUCUCCUUUCUGUCUUCUGCCUGGCUUCCUGACCCCUGUUUUCCCCACAGAUUCUCUGGGGAGAGAAAUUGGCCUAAUAUGUAAAUAUGCGAUAUAAAGAGAAACUGUCUAAAAGGAUGAUAAUAUAUUGGAUUGUUGUGGUGACUUUUUAAAUAUGCAGUUUCUGGUUUUUUGUUUAGUUUUUUUUUUCUCUUCCCAGUUUUUGUGCGAUUGAUUUUUGUUUGACAGCAUUUAGAACAGUGAAUGCAAUAAUUCUUGUACAGAGGGGCUCGAGAUUUUUGCUGACAGAAUGAAUUUGAAUGUGAAUUUUUACACACACCCUUUUUUUUCCCCCCCUAAAUGCAUAGAUUGUACAUUUCUGCUGCUAGGGUUUUAAAGACGGAAACAAGCAACUGUGUGUACAAAGUAGUGAUUAAUAAAUUAGGCCUCCCUUCCUGCAGGGGGAGCUCUCUAGUUCAAGUGAGCAAAGCCUAGUGCCUCAUCGCUGGUCGUCCAUUGCCUGAUUUCUAUUUUUCCUUUUAAUUUUUAAGUUUGUGGCUGUCUACUUUUGUUAAAGCUCAUCGUGUGUAAGAAUGGCGGCUUCGCUGCUUCAACCAGGCUGAGGUGUUGAAAACUGGAAAUUUUCACAAUAUCUGGAAAUGGACUGGUGAACUGUGAAGGGGGGGAGUGGGGGCUACAUGGUAUACAGGCACUGAAUCUAGAAAAGGUGAACUGAAUAAGAAACUAUAAUGGACUUCCAUCUCUGCCUGUAAUUUCAGAUGGAUCAGUGAGAAUAACAGACUAACAAAUGUCUCUGUGGUACUCUGAAGCUGUGUCCCUGUCCUGUACUGUAUACUACUGCUGCACUAACAGCUGUUUGUACACCAGGCGGUUGAAAUAAUCAAUUUCCCAGUUAACGUUCGAUCCUGAAAAAGGUCCUCAGAGGUCCUCAAACCUGAAAACUAAGGUCUUUUAGGAGUUUAUUCUUCUACUCUGCCAGAGUAGCUUUGCAUGAUUCAGUUCAAAAUAAUCCUCCUUCUCUGAAAUCUCUUCAGAGAGAUUAUCCUCUGUCUGAAACCAACUCUAGUGGCCUCUCUGAUUGUAAGCCAACUUUAUUCUGAUUGGCUGAACGUUGUUGCCUGAGAUGACCACAUUGGUGACAUCUGCUCUCAGUGACAUCAUACAAAGCCAAGAUGAGACAGAGUGCUUAAUAUGAGCAUCCAGCCUUGUACUUGUACAUGAGGCUGAAAAGGAGGAAAACAUGAUGGAUUGAGAAGUCCACAAAAUAAUCAAUUUUUUCUGUCUCUAAAGAGAUUUGGAGGCUCCUGAUGUUUUUAAAAGCUAUAACAGUGACAUUUUACUUUACUGCUUUAAAAAUAUCUCAGUAAAGUUUAUAGCUGUUCAUUAAUCCAUUCAUUAUUUUGUUCAAUGCAGUAUUAAAAAGGGCUGCAUGCAUUUGAAUAUAAAAUAGGUUAGACUAAAAGGAAACCCACAGGCUAUCAGUUAAAUUUAGUUAAAUGUUCAGAAAAAGGUGUUUUAAUUUUCCAGGUGCUGAGAUUAGGUCUGUAAUUGAUAACAAAAGGAGUUUGGAAUUACUUUGGAAUAAUCCACUUGUAAUACAGUUGUUUUUUAUUCUGUACCCCACAUCACGUGUAGAACUGGUGAGUUGGUUCCUGAUACUGAUAUUGAUCAUAUUUCAGAAAAAAAACCUGAUAAUUAUCUUUAAAAAAAAGACUUAUAAUAUUAAAUAUUUCUAUCCUAGUAGUUGUAGCUGGAGUAUGCAGUAUGCAGCUGGGACACAGCUCUGAGUGGUAGCCUGUCUUAUUCUAUGGGCAUUGCACUGUUCUCUGUGUGUUUGGGUUCUUAGACUCUGUGUCUAAAAACUAAUGUGUGCACGCUUCUGUAACAUUUUUUUUCCUGAUCAAAAAAGUGACACAUGAAAAGACUAACACAUCAUGCAGAUAUACUUGUUUUGUCACAUCUUACAAAAAGUGACUUUUGUUCAUAAGGGUGGGUUUUUUUGUUUUUGUAUCUAGAUGCUUUGAUCUCUGAAACUGUCACCUUUUGAGGCUUCAGACCUUCGACAUGCCACUUCAUUGUUCUGUUACACAGAGGACAGAGUUCAGACUAAGCCUUAAUGUGAUGUACAGUGUGCUCCUCUUUUGUGCUCAUUUGUUUUUGUUUGUUUCUUUAAUUAGGAACAGCAGAACGGUUCCUCUGAAUUUCCUCAUGUCUUAGAAUCUCGGGGGCAUCUGUCCCCGACACCAUCUUUCUUUUUUUUGUUGUUGUUGUUAUGCAGUCUCUUCCCACGUGUGUCUGCUCAUCUUCAGAGUUUACAUUUUUACAUUGUUGUUCUGUUCAGCCAUCUUUGAAUAUACACUUUAAAGAAAA